AUGGCCAGCGAAAGCUUUCCCACCAAGGGCGCGUCCCCAGCUCCAGUCACGGCCCCGGUCGGCAACGAGCAGGCACAGCCAAUUCAUAGUGUUGUGAACACAUCUCACACAGACACCGAGCCUGUCGCUGUCGAAAAGGCAAAAGCUGCCGCACACACUGGUAGCUCUGAGGCGCCCAGGGAACCCGCGGCUGCGCAGCCGCCCGUCGCAGAUCACCCUCUUGGCGGUGUCGCAGCCUCAGAAGCCAAAGGUUCAGCGGAAACAACCGGUGCUUUUCCAACAGAAGAAAAGAAUCAUGCAUCAGAACAAGAAGAGUCAAAGCCCGCGCCAGAGCCAAGGAUCGGCGAGAAGCGUGAUAUUGACUCAACGGCAGCUCCUGUGACGGCUCCUGUCUCAGCUCGUAUAUCCGGCGACAAAGAUGAGCUUGUCAUGGAGAACCCAAAUGAGCCUGAUAUUAAAAGGCAAAAGAUCGGAUCUGAGCCUGUCGACGAACCCGCUCAGGAACCUAACAAGGAUACCAAUGGCUUCGCGCCUGCUCCAGCCACUGAUAACACCAAUGGAGAGCCGAAGAAGGCUGCACGACCAAAGAAGGAAAAGGUCAAAGAUGCAGUGAAGAAGGUGAUUCCAGGCGAUGGAAUCGGCAGCCGGACUCGCAGCAGAACCAAGCCGACUUGA